AUGGAUUUUGUCCGCAUCCCGCAUCAUAGACCUGCACAUCAACCGAUACCACCAUUGCAUCGAGUAGAUGCUCGCAUUCCAUCUAAUCCUCAUCAUGGGUUUGCUCGUAACCCACCUAAGCCUCCUCUUUCGGCUGUUCCAAAAACUAUACCGAUUCUUCAACCACCUGCAUAUUCGUCACGGUUUACUCCUGUUUAUGAAAAAGAAAAUCAAAAUCAACGAACACUCAGAAACAAUGAUCAAAAUACAAAGGUAAAACGGAAAAUAACAAUUGAAAUUCCAGUUCUUACGCCACGACAGAAUUAUCCGAGACAACCAUUGCCAGCUCGGUCUGUGGUACCCGUUCGAUACGCUGAACGAAAGUAUCGACCAGAAUUAUAUUUCAAUCAUUAUGCUAUUGGUUUUAAUGCGAACAAUUUGAUCACUACUUAUUGA